AUGUGUACCUGGCGUGGAAGCUAUCUGGAAUCUGACGAGUUUUAUCUUCGAGCUUCUCAUAUUUUAUCAUGCAUUCAGACCCCUGUAAACAUUUUUGGAACAUUUAUAAUUGUUUUCAAAACUCCAAAGAAUAUGGAAAAAGUGAAGAUUUCUAUUUUGUUGAUGCAUUUAACAUGUUUUUGGCUGGAUAUUUACUUUAAUAUUUUAUCGAUCCCAUAUAUGAUUCACUCGGCCGCCGCUGGUUAUCCUCUUGGAAUAUUAUUCCAUCUAGGACUUCCCACAGAUAUACAGAUUUAUUUUGGACUGGUCUCGGUUUUUUUCUUCAUCCCAGCCAUCAUUUUAUUCUUCGAAGAGCGCUACAACCGAUUGGUCCGAUCGGAUGCAGAUUCCCAUACCAGAUUUCUGAAACGAGUUGCUCAUUUUGGAAUAAUGUACCUUUGUGCUAUAAUUGGAACAUUAGUGGUAUUCUUUGGUGCUACCACAGAUUCCGAUGAAACUAAAAUAAAAAUGAUCGAACGAUUUCCUUGUCUACCACCUGAAAUAAUCACUAAACCUGGAUUUUUAAUACUCACAGAGGACACGUUGGCGCUCGUCGUAAUUCUUCUCUUGCUAACUUUUUUCACAUUUUUUCAACUUGGCUACUUCUUCGGAAUGACCGCAAAUUUCCUAUACACUACUAAAACAAUGUCCGCAAAUACUGCAAAACUACAAAAACAAUUGUUUCAGCGACUUACAAUUCAAAUUGUGCUUCCACUUUUUGCGGUUUUCAUUCCCUGUAUUUAUCUGAAUGGCUCCGCCGCAUUCCACUACUUGGAUAUGAUUUUCAUUAAUUUUUCAAAUUUAUUCAUAUCUACUCAUGGUCUUUUAUCAUGUGUUACUACUAUUCUUGUGCAUAAGGCAUAUCGUGAUGCAGUUUUUGAUAUUUUCGGAGCUGGAUGCCUGAUAAAGAAGAAUUUGAGUUCCAGAAGUUAUGUGACAGGGACUGUCAGAAAUAGUUGGAAACCUCAGACAAAUGGAAACAGUCAGAAGCAACCGGAAAACUAUCAAAUGGCAGGCCAAACUUCAGUUUUAUAA